AUAGUACUGCAAGCAAAUCCAAGUUGAUGACGUGGUUUGGUUCGCCAAGCAGUCGAACAGGAUGGCUGACCAGAGCAGGCAAAUUAAACUCGCUGCGGCUAAGAAAAAGCUGAAGGAGUUUCAGCAGAAGAGCUCCCCUCUAAGUGGAGGAGGAGAAGAAACGGGAGGUGGUGGAGUAGGAGCCAAAAAGAAGAGAAAAGUCAAGGGAGGGAACCAAACCGACGCCCCUUCGUCGGACAGGAGUCCUCCGUACAACUAUGACAAUAUUCUAAACGCUCUCCAUCAGAGCAAUGGAAUAGUCCUGCCUGCCUAUGGCAAAUGUCAGGCCUAUGUAGAGGCUGAAACCAGAGUGUCUCCAGUACCCCACCUACUGGAGGACCCAAAGGGGGAGGCUGGUCAUGGCGUGCCUGUUUCUAACACCUCUAGCACCAUUUCUACUAACUCUGAAUCGGUCAGGCACAAUGAACUGCAGAGCUAUCCUGAUACCAAUGGCAACGGGGUGGAUAAAAGGCCAUUGUCCUCCACAGAAAGCCUACGACAGCUCUCCCAACAGCUGAAUGGUCUUGUGUCUGAGUCCUCCACCGCAUAUGUUAAUGGAGACUCUUCCCCUUCGCCUGUCAGUGAGAAGGAACUGGAGAGUCGUAACCAGGAGCUGAGCGCCGCCCUGGACUCCAGUCAUCUCACAAACUCUGAGCUCAAUACACAGCUAGAUCAGCUGGCCCAGCAAUCUCAGGGUCUCACAGACCAACUACAAAAGGAGAGAAAGGAGUUUGAGCAGAAGUCUUCGAAGGAACAAGGAGCCAUGCGGGAACAACUGCAGGUUCACAUUCAGACCAUUGGUAUCCUGGUAUCAGAAAAAUCGGAGCUGCAGACUGCACUCCAAUACACACAACAUGCUGCGCGACAGAAAGCAGGGGAGGCGGACGAGCUUAGUCACCGUCUCCAGAGCACCAAGCAGAGGAUGGCUGAGCUGGAGCGAACGCUGUCGUCCGUCUCCACACAGCAGAAACAGUUUGAAAAGCACAACAAGGAUCUAGAGAAGGAGCGAGACAGCCUGAGACAGGAGGUUUACAGACUGAACAGUGUGAGCGACGAGGCGAUGCAGCAGAGCUCAGAGUUAUCGGAGCAGCUGAAGCUGAGCACUCAGGAGAACGGAGCCAUGCGGCUAGAGCUGGAGGAGCUGAGCAAGAGGCUGGAGAUGAGCGACCUCAUGCUGCAACAGUUUUCCAGUCAGUCUGAGCCGUCCACCGCCAACCAACAGGUCCAGAUGUUACUGGAGGAGAAGCAACAUCUGGAGGCCCACACAAACCAGCUGCUGGAGUCCAUCGCCCAGCUGCAGACGGAGAGAGAUCGCUACGCUGAACAGAUCCAGGAAGAAGGCCGUCUCUGGAAGGACAAGACGGAACAACUGCUGACCCAGGUGACGUUAGUAGCGGAGGAAAGGGACAGCAACAUCAAUCUGGUCCAAGAGUUGGAGUCCCAGGUUGCAGAAUUGAAAAACGCUGCUGCGAUGCUGUCCCAGGAGCAGCAGGCGCGGGACCACGCAGUUCCACAGCCCUCUGGGCCCUCGGAGAGCGAGGUGGCCCUUCAGGAGGCCCUGGACAGACUGCACCAGGAGAAGGAGGCCCUGACUGAACAGUACCAAGCCCAGCUGCGGGACAACGGGCAGCUGAGCCGGCUGUGUGCGGAGCAGGAGUCGCGGCUGGGGGAGCUGGAGCGCCAGCAGGAGGGCCUGAGCCAGGAGACGGAGGACCGCCGGCGCAUGCUGGAGGACGUGCAGUCGGACAAGGCCACCAUCAGCCGCGCCCUCACCCAGAACCGCACCCUCAAGGACCAGCUGGCCGAGCUGCAGAACGGCUUCGUCAAACUGACCAAUGAGAACAUGGAGCUGACCAGCGCCAUCCAAUCAGAGCAGCACGUGAAGAAGGAGGUGGCACGCAAGCUGGGCCAGCUCCAGGAGGACAACCAUACCAUGAAGGAGCAGCUGGCCCUGAAGAGCCAGGAGUCGGUGGCCCUGCUGGAGCAGCGGGACCAGGUGGUGGCCCACCUGCAGCAGUACUGCGCGGGCUACCAGACGCUGGCCUCGGAGCGGGAGCAGCUCCACCUGCAGUACCUGCAGCAGGCCCAGCUCAUGGACCGCCUGCAGCACGACGAGAACGAGGGCCGCGUGCAGCUGGAGAUCAGCCACCAGCAGCUCCGACACGCCCAGGAUCGUCUAGAUCUGCUGGUGAGGAACAACCAGCAGCUGCAGACUGAGGUGCAGGAGCUCCUGGCAAGUUCUUUGCUCAACUCAUCCCCCAGAGACCAAGGAGACGGAGUGGAGAGUCUAUCAAUGAACGAGGGCCCACAGGAUUCCCCCUCCAUUGCCAUCCCAGAAGACUUUGAGAGCCAGAAGGAAAUGGAGCAGUUCAUCCGGGGCGUGGUGUCCCAGCUGGAGGGGGAGCGGGACGCGGCCCGGGGGCAGCUGGAGGAGGAGCGCCGGCUCCACCUGGCCGCCCGCCACCAGGCCUCCGCCGCCCGGGCCCUGGAGCACCAGCGCCACCAGGGUCACCUCCACCACGACGACGGCGGCGAGCAUCACCACAGCCACCACGACGACCAACACAGCCACGGACACGGCCACAGCCACGAGCCGCACGACCACUGUGACCACGGUGGCGACCACACAGGGGGCGCUGCAGUGCCGGCGGAGGUCCAUGAAGCCCUGCGCGGCGCCAUGGACAAGCUGCAGCAGCGCUUCACCUCCCUGAUGCAGGAGAAGGUCGACCUGAGGGAGCGGGUGGAGGAGCUGGAGCACCGCUGCAUCCAGCUGUCUGGGGAGACCGACACCAUAGGGGAGUACAUCGCCCUGUACCAGAGCCAGCGGGCCAUCAUGAAGCAGAAACACCAGGAGAAGGAGCACUACAUCACCAUGCUGGCCCAGGACAAGGAGGAGAUGAAGGCUAAGCUGUCGGAGCUCCAGGACCUGGUGAUGCGGCUGGUGGCGGAGCGCGACGACUGGUGCAGCCGCUACUCCGCCGUGGUGGCGUCCGGCCCCGCUAACCCCGACCUGCUGCCCCUGGGGCAGGGCCACGGCCCCCUGCUGCACGCAGAGCACGGCGCCGACCACACCCACACAGACGCCAUGGAGGUGAUCCCCCUCACAGACGCCAACCCAGGCCCGGACUCCGACCCCUCCUACUCCCAGCACCACCACCAGCACCUCCACCCAGGGGCCGACCCCCAGGCCGCGGGGGGCCCCUCUCCCCAGGAGGACGGCACCACCCGACAGAUCAUGCAGCUGCUGCAGGAGAUCCGCAACCCCCAGGGGGCGUCCCGCGCCCCGCCAUUCCUCGGAGACAGCCCCUGCAUCCCCUUCUUCUACCGGCCCGACGAGCAGGACGAGGUCAAGAUCCUGGUGGUCUAAGACGGGUUAGGGGGGGGGAGGACGGGAGAGGGAUAGGUGUGUGUGUCUCUCCGUCCGACCGUCCGUGUGUGUGUGUGCGUGCGUGUGUGUGUGUGAGGGAGAGUUUGCGGGACGUUGCUCUGAACAGAUUUGGGAAUGAAUCUCUGAAAUAUUUCCCGCCUUCUGCUCCUCUUGUUCUCCGCCCCAAUGGUUACUUAAGUUACUCUCCUCCUCCUCCUCCUCCUCCUCCUCCUCCUCCUCCUCCUCCUCCAAGGAUGUCUGGAAGGGACCCACCCCUCCUCUUCUCAUCGCUCUUCGUCUGUGCGUGUGUGUUUGAGUUGUGUUUAGGAGGCCGUUUUAUUAUAUCUCCCGAUGCUUUAAGUGACUUGGUGUGAUUUGAAACUAGUCUACUCCAGCUUUAAAAAAACAAAAAAAUAACGACAACUCAAAAGAUGGCGUCUAAACCUCGAUGGGUUGUCGAUAUCCCCUUCACAGGAUCGACUUCCAUCGCCACACCGGUGAAUAUUAGUCUGAGAUGUUUGAGUUGUGUCCCCCCCCCCCUCUCUAAUCACGCAAGUGCGCAAGUGCAAUAAAAGUGUCUCUUCCUUCCAGAGUCGUGGCUAACCUAGAGCAGGGAAGACUCCGCGGCAGGUUGUGUGUUUGUUCCAUGGAUUCCUUCUCUGGUUGCCCUUUUUACAUUUUGGUCUCUCUCCCCCCGCCACCCACAUACCAAAACGCACCCGCGUCGAGUUCGAAUGUAUAUCUGCAAUUAAGUAUGCCUCAUAAACCUACUGUGUUGUCACGCUAGUGUUAACAUGAGGACGAUGCUGAAGAGGCCAAGAGAGACCAAGACUUGGGCCCAUGUGAAAGUUGUAGAGUGUGUCAUUUUUGUUAAGUUAAAAAGGCAAGCUGGUCAACAUUAUUGCUUCUUUAAACCAUGUACGGUUUCAGUCAAAGUUAAGAGGAAGUAGAUAAUGUGAACCAGGAAGAAGGGGGUAUUUAGGCCACUACCCUCUUCGUACAGUCAUCUCUCCCAAACACUAACGAUUUUUCAGAGUAAAAGUAUGGAAGUAUUUCAAUUCUAGAAGGAGUUUGUGCUAUUUACUACCCACCAAUUCAUUUCUCUGUAGACGGGAAAAAUUACUAAUGGUCGGCUGGUGGCUAAGUAGAUGGAUUCAUAUUAGUCUCCUGUGCAUUGGAAUAUUAGACCUCAUAAUAACUAAGAAAUGUACAUAACCCUAGACACUCACCCAGGCUUGAUACAGGUCAUUCAACAACAGGAAUUUCAGUUACGUCAUGUGAUGGGUCUUCAUGGACAGGGGGGAUCCACCGUUAUCGCUUCUGUUACGCGUUGCUUGUAUACAUAUCAAAGACGACUUCCUUCAUAACCUCCACGACUGGAAUCGCGCGUGUGAGCGCGCCGUGUUAAUUUGUUUUGCGCGAUGCAUGUUUGUGUCAAAUCCAAAAAUAUUUCUUCCCAUUGGCUGAAGUUGAAUCUAUUGAGCUUCAUUUUAUUUUUAUUCACACAUUUUUAUUUUUCCUCUCCUUCAAAUGAUAUGAAUAUAAUUGCACUAAAAAUUGUACAGAGCUUGUCGUCACGGUAACUGCCCGGGUUCCGGGACGGGGUCGGGUUCCAGACCGCGGUGAGGACAUUUGUUCCGUAGGAGCGUUCCCCAGCAAGUCCGGGGUUCCUAUGGGCCUGAACUCCAUGAGGUCCUGGGUUUAAGAUACUGCACACUCAGGCGGAGGGUUCGACUGGAAAGUUAUGAAAGUCAACUGGACGAUGAGUUGAAGUGUGUGUGUGUGUGUGUGUGUGUGUGUGUGUGUGUGUGUGUGUGUGUGUGUGUGUGUGUGUGUGUGUGUGUGUGUGUGUGUGUGUGUGUGUGUGUGUGUGUGUGUGUG